CAAUGAUGCUUUUUUAAAACAAUAUUGGCGCUCGUCCAAAUUGGGUGGUACAGACUUGCGGAGUAAUUUUGACCUGACAUUCCAAGUGAAAUCGCCUCGUGAGUUCAAAUGUCUCGAGUCAACUCAGUUCACAUAAUCGAUCACAUCAAAUCACACAACUUGCUCGAAGUAUCGGCAAUAAUUUUGGAUUAACUGCAAAAUACAAAAAACUAAUAGCGUCGCAAAAUGAUAGCUCGGAAGUUAGGGAACCUACAGGUUCUCAUUCAAAACAACCACGCCAAUUUCCUCGCAGAGAAAGACAGAAUGGUCAAAGACAAAGAAACAUUCGAAAAACAAUACUAUGUUGGUCCAAUGCUUGGCAGUGGCGGAUUUGGGACAGUAUACGCAGGAACCAGAAGAAGAGAUAAUUUACCAGUUGCAAUAAAACACGUGGGGAAACAGAAAGUUACAGAAUGGGGACAGUGCAAUGGACAUAUUGUACCAAUGGAGAUAUUAUUGCUCAAGAAAGUCUCACACAUACACGGUGUUGUGAAAUUAUUAGACUAUUUCGAGAAACCAGACAGUUUUAUUAUGAUUCUCGAACGUCCAGAGCCAGUAAAAGACUUAUUUGAUUACAUAACUGAAAAGGGACCUUUGAGUGAAGAUCUCUCUAGAGACUUCAUACAACAAGUUGUAGAGACAAUCAUUUGCGUGCACAAAGCUGGUGUCGUACAUAGAGACAUUAAAGAUGAAAACAUUCUCGUAGAUCUGAAAACUGGUCAACUCAAGCUCAUAGACUUUGGUUCAGGAGCCAAGCUCAAAGACACAGUAUAUACAGAUUUUGAUGGAACAAGAGUGUAUAGUCCACCUGAAUGGAUCCGUUGUCAUAGAUACCAUGGUCGCCCAGCAACUGUAUGGUCGCUUGGUAUACUCUUAUAUGACAUGGUCUGCGGGGACAUUCCAUUUGAGCAAGACGAACAGAUCUGUAAAGCUGAACUCUCAUUCAAACCUGGUCUUUCAGAAGAAGUUCAAGACCUGAUUAGCAAAUGUCUGUCUGUACGACCAUCUGACCGUCCUAGUCUAGAAGAAAUAUUACAACACCCUUGGGUGCAGGGUACAGAGACAAUUGUAGAUCUAGAAAAAUUAACAAUCCGGCGGAUACCCGCAGAUGAACAAUCUCUGGAUGAGCAGUCAACGGGAAGCCAAGAGAGCCUCCCGUGCUAA